CUAGAUCGACUGGGUCCGGAUCAACCCGCGGGUUGACAACCUUGCACGUCACAUUCAUCUCGUUCCUCAAUUCAGCCUGCCACAAAAUCAAACGCCAAACCAUUCCUCUGCCUUCUAAUUCUCCUCCUCCUCCAUCCUCCGCCGCCGGUUUCGCCAUUGAUGUAGCCUCGAUCGAGUCGCCUCUUACAGCACUCUAGUUCGUCUCUCUCUGCAGUCCGGAAAUUUGUCGUAAACAUCUCCCUUACUUCCUUGCCAGCGGGGGACAUGGCGGCCUCAUCGGAGAUCAGCGAUGGGGACAACGCGGUGGAGCUAAUCGUCUGCGAUGUCCCGGCAUUCUCUUCUGCCGGCUCUAAUGGUGACGCAGCUAACGAUGCUGCCGACUCCUUGUCGGAUGAAAUUGCUCCUCUGUUGAAGCAGCCGGCGGAGAAACCCAAGAUCAAUAUCUUCUCCGUCUCUUACUCCCGCCGAAAAGCUAGGGAUCAUGUUAUCAAAGUACCUGAAUCCGAGGCUCAAGUAUCACAACUGAUUUUGUGGCUGUGGGGUGGAUCCAGAUACUCGGGUAUGCUGUGCGUGGCUUUAUCGUCGUCCAUCUACUUUUCUAUGGAGGUUGUUUCUGAUGUCUUUGCUGCCCAGUCGAUUCCUUUAUUCGAGACUGCAUUUGCAAGGUGUACAAUACUCUUGGUCUUGUCAUUUUUGUGGUUGAGGAGAACUGGACAACCUAUAUUUGGACCACCACAUGCCAGGAAACUCUUGAUUUUAAGAGCCCUGAUGGGGUAUUUGUCACUAUUGAGCUUUAUCUACUGUGUUCAACGAUUGCCUCUACCACAAGCUAUCGUGUUAAGUUUCACAACUCCCAUAAUGGCUUCCAUUGCAGCAAGAAUUGCAUUUCUUGAGAAGUUGAAAAUUGCUGACAUUGCAGGUCUUGCUUGCAACUUCUUUGGAGUGCUCUUUAUUUUCAGACAGAGCUUCACUGCACAAGGUGAGCUAGUUAAAGCCGGUUCAGCUAGCGCUGCCAACUUGAAGGGAAUGCAUUAUGUAUAUGCAAUAUUAGCUGGUCUAUUUUCAUCUGUUACUGGUGGAAUCAGCUACUGCCUCAUAAAAGCAGGAUCGAAGGCCUGUGAUCAGCCAGUGACCACCGUGUUUUCAUUUGGAAUUCUGGCCUCCCCUGCUGCCCUAGUCUGUAUGUUCAUUUUCGAGGAAUUUGUGUUGCCAGAGCUGCGUUCCCUCUUCCUUAUGCUUCUUCUUGGCGGUCUCGCCUUCUUAGCUGAGGUGUUCUUGGCCCGCGGCCUACAGCUCGAGCAAACAAGCAAAGCUGCAAACUUUCAAUACGUUGAGGCUGCAUUCACAGAGCUAUGGGGGAUUGCUUCGUCGACGAUAGUUCCCUCUUUCGGUGGACUCAUUGGGUGUUUACUCAUCUUAGCUUCAGUUGGAUGUACCAUAUACAUUGGCCCCGAUAAAGACAUAGAAUGAAUGAUGACAGAUGAUGAAAAUUGCAGAGAAACUUCAACAGUUAGUUUUUUGUUCGUCCUGAAACUCCUUCUGCACCCAAUUUGUGGCGGUCAUUAGUUUCGAUUUACAAGUUUUAAGGUUUUAUUUCAUUCUCAUUUUUUCUCUGUCUUGAUAGUUAAGAAGUCUGGGAAUACAAGUAUACUGCCUAGGUCUGUAAGUCCAGGUAAAAAAAUACUGAAUCGCUAAAUGUCGCCC